GUUUACAUGUGUUUUGCACAAGAUUCUUACAGUUACAGAUAAUUUUCCAUUUUUGUUAUAUACACGUGAUAUACACUGUGGUUUUGCACAGGGCAAGGCACAGGGGGCAAAGGGCAUAUAGAACAACAAAUUUGCAUGGGGGGGACGAAAGAUAAAGGUCAAGAUGGGCACUGGUGCAGGACGUAGACUGCCGUAACAUGCUGCCUGCAUUGUGUACUGAUAUUAUGGAUGGAGGAUAGCUAAAUAAAGCCUAGCAGCAGGCUGAUAAAUAAGAAUGCUGGGAGCUCUUUGAAGGGAUGUAUCUUGAAUUAUUGGAUGAUCAAGAAAAUUAUAACUUGGACAUGGGAUCUGUUGUGCUGUCAGCGCUGCAUCGCUGGAAACGCCAGGAGUCGAGCCGACGGCAGCGCCUCUGCCGGCAAUCGCUGAAACGACGCCGCGAGCAGCAGCGCAGUCGGCAGGCGAGCUUAGGUGAGGCGGAGGCGGUCGUCCCUCCGCCAACUCCCCACAGCCGGCCGGGGUCGGCUAUCACUCGAGAGCGGCCCGCUGCAGAGGGCCGUAGCGGAACCGUAUCGGGCACCUCGGAACGCGGGGCGGGACGUCAGCUACAUAAGAAUGGGGACGAAUCUCGACCGCCAACUGCCCUCCCAGCUAGCGGUGCUGCUCAGGUGGUGUGUCCUCGUCCGGACUGCGGCACGAUGUGUCUGUCGGCGUCCCAGCAGGGCGGGCCGCCCCACCACCGUAGGACCGAGCUGCAGCCGCCGCCCGGCGUGCCGGCAGAGUUCCUAGCGACGGACGGCGGCGGCAGCGGCGCUGAUAGAGGUCUGGAGGCACUGCGCUGUCCGGCCUGCGACUGGUGCGUAGCCGUGCGCGUGGGCGCCGUCUGGACGCCUCUGGAGGUGCUGCUGCGGGACACCCAGCGCCGCGGUCCCGGCUGGCACCGGGUCACCUCACUGGCCGACCGGGCCGCCCUCUAUCUGCUGCUCGUCUACAUUUACGGCGAGCGCGAGCGGUCGGCGGCGCGGCGCGAGCCGGCGCUCCGCCCGCCGCCGCCGGGCGACUCGGCGCUGCUGCUGUUCGCCGAGGACGGCUCCGCGGUCGGCUGCGCCACGCUGAAGCGGCGCGGACAGCUGCUGCGUGAGCGCGCCGGCCCGGAGCGCUUCCAGAUGGAUAUCCUGGACACGGUGUUUGUCCGGUGCGCGGCCCGCCGCUCGGGCCGGACGCUGGCGCUCCUGGAGAAGCUGGCGGGCGCCGCGGCGCGGCUGGGCCGCCAGCUGGGGGUGACGCGGCCCACGCCGGCCAUGCGCCGUCUGCUGCGCGCCUUCCUGGCCGGCAGGCCGUGGGCGCGCGACCUGCUCUUCGAGGUCACCUGGGCGGCCGGCGUGCACAAUCGCACCAACAUCUGGGAGCAGCUGGUGGCGGACGGCGCCGGCGAGGGUCCCGAGGGCGCCGCCCCGUCGUCAUCCAGUGCCUGAGAACACUGUGGCGGAUCGGUGAACCGAAGCCGCUCCCAGAGGACCGGCAUACGGUUUUCUACGGUGAUGCUGCCGGCGAUCACGGGAACUCGAGCUUGUGAGCUUUUACAUGAAUCCAGUACCUAAUUGCAACCACCAAAAAGGACCGAUGCUAUGGUAAGUUCUGAUGCUGUGCAGCUUUUCUUACUGAUAUUGAUCCAACUAGCCGGGCUUAGUUUACUAUCUCUGCGUAGUAAGUCGGUAGAAUAUGCUCGCUUUGCAGUUUUCAACUCUGUAGUUUGUUCCAUGAAGUAGGUUUUCAUUAUUUUAUCAAAGCUGGUGAUGCCGAUGGAGAAUCAUUGACGACAAUUGGCAGCCAGGGUUAUUAGGGAACGGUGCCUGCAUGGUAAAGUGAAUCCAUGGAACCUGGCUUGAUUCGGUGCAUAUUUUAUCUAUAUUUAUCAAAGUACAAAAGGCUGGCAGAUCACCAUAAAUACUCCAGAAAUCCUAACUAUAUAUGCAAUGCGCUUGUGACUUACAGCCGUCAACGCAUAAGUGUAUAGUGUAUAGUUGUACCUACCUAAUUUGAAUCGGUCAUUUCAUGCAUAUUUUGCUUAUUGAGUUACGAGGGAUUGCUUGCGCUGUGCGCCGUCUGAUUAACUCCGUGUUGUGUGCAAAUGAUUCCCGGUACUACCGUUGACCUGCCGGAUCGGCGAGGUCCCGGCUCUCUGACUGCGCUAUGCCCGCCGGCUGUGACCGGUCACAGUCUGUGCCCCCACUAACGACGGCUCAUGUGUAACACACACCGCGGCCGGCCGGCCGAUCGAUCGCCCUGGCGAUCAAACAGCGCUGGCUGGCUCGCUCCGCGGCCGCGCCGCCGGUGGUGACUGAUCCAGAGUCUGUGCUCUCCGCACUGGACCGGACACGGACGGACCGUACCGGCCACUUACUUAGCGCCGGCCGGAACGCGGAACUGUGCAUGUUUCCUUACGAGCGCCAGACACAUGAAGCCAGGCGAGCUUUCCGCGCACGAGUAGUGUGCCAGCGUCGUUCGAAUUAAGUGUGGUAAAUGAAGAACGAAUGAGGUCCCUAUCUCAGGGGGUUCUGCGUGACGCGAACCGCCAAGGAACGAGUCGUUCCAAAUCUGCGUGCUUUCCGCACCGAUAUAUUUUAUAUCUCAUACCGUCUUCACUCAGGUCAGCAUCUAUUUUUAUAAGAAAAUCAUAUUUAAUGAGUUGAUUUUAUGGAUAUGGUGUCGGGGGAUGGGACAGGUGUAGCAGCACCAGGGCGGCGCUGGCGCCGGUCGCUCCGGUGCCCGCUCGGCCGCGGCGGGGCCGCUCUAUCCUGUGUAGCCGGUGCGCCCGGCCGGGCCCCGCGGCCUCCUUCACGCCGUGUGACCGGCCGGCGUCGGUCGCGUGCCAUAGAAAUCGGAGCUUUCAUAAUCUCAUGAGUGGGUUGCGCGAGCGGCGGGUGGGAGCGUGCCGCCGCGGGCAGCUCGCCGCGUCUGUACCUGUCACUGGCUGUUUGCUACAGGGGCUAUGGGCCUCGGGACGGGCAGAGGGGCCGGCGCAGCUGGCCGGGCCCCAGCGCACCCGGUCGUGGUGUCCCCAUCGCGAGCCUCGGGAGAAGCGCUCGGUGAACCAGGUGUGCUUUGGUUCGGUAGCGUAGGACUUAUGCAUUUUGUGUUUGUAGAUUGUUGUAUAUAUCAUCUCUACUGUAGCUUCAGGCUCUUGUAUUGACAAGGGCCGGUGUAAAAAUCUUUUUUUAGAAGACUCGUUCAUCUGGAGAUUGUCAGCUGCAACUUGAAUCUCACCGGUGAACAAAUAAAACUGAACACACGUUCUA